CUGAAACUAUUUAAGGCUGUAAAGAGUCCAGCCUCAUGAGCCAAGUUAUCCAUUUAUGGUUGUGUACAUCAGAAAGGUGGGUCUACAAAGCCCACACCAGUAUAUAAAACUUAUGAAAGAUUUGAGAAAUUCAUUUUAAAAACUAACACGAAAGGAAGACACUAUCAACUGCAAUACUGCAAUAACCAUGGCUGCCUGUGACAAAGAUCCACUGCGCUUGGUCCUCCUGGGCAAGACAGGGGUUGGCAAAAGUGCCACAGGAAACACCAUUUUCGGUGAGAGAGUAUUCAAAUCUGAAGCAAGAGCCAUGUCUGUUACAAAGGAAUGUGCAUCUGAAACAAGAAUUAUCAACAAACAAAGUAUUACAAUCAUUGACACACCUGGUUUAUACGACACAACAAUGUCUGCUGAGUUCAUUGAAAAAGAGACUGUGAGAGGUGCACAAAUGGUAGCUCCUGGUCCUCAUGCAUUUCUUCUUCUGCUUGAUGUGAGGCGUCACACUGAAGAGGAGAGAAACACUGUCAGGAAAUUUCAAGAAAUCUUUGGUGAUGAUGUGUGCAAGCAUAUGAUUGUGGUUUUCACUCAUGGAGAUGACCUUGAGUUUGACAAUAAAACCAUAGAACGCUACAUCCAUGAAGCUGGAUCUCCCCUUCAGAGCCUAAUAUCUGCAUGCAAACAGAGAUACCAUGCGUUUAACAACAGGUCACAGGACCAUACCCAAGUAGAUCAAUUCCUGCAAAAGAUUCACGAGAUGCAGAGGGAAAACAAUUAUAGUUAUUAUUGCUAUGAUUUGUUUUCAAAAGCACAGGCUCUCAAAGAAGCAGAAGCAAAUGAAAGAGAGUGGCAACGAAGAUAUUCAGAAUUGGAGCAACAAGUGCAGAAGUCAGGAACAAGAAAAUUGUGCAUUAUACUAUAAUGGAGACUGUAUGAUGAUGAUCUCCUUUAGAAAGACAAAAGCUGAGAAUAUAAAAGAAAUUGAUUUUGAAGUAUCCAGUUAAGAAAAAUGUCUAAACAAAAAUACUGAAAAACAGAAAUACUGUUAAGUGCUACAAUUUUAAGGAUCUUUCUGUCUAAUUGUAUUUGAUGUAACAUGCUACUAUAAGCACUGAUGAUCUGGGUUUUUUUUAAUUAUGUAUAUCACAUGGAGAACUCUAUAUUAUAACGUUAUAUUCUUUAUAUGGGAUAUUGGUUUAGCACAGCAAUUUACUCUUUGUAGAUGUUUUCAGGGAAAGUACUAUCGAGCAUAGAGAGUUUUAACAGACAGUACUGUGUAAACAAAAUUAAGUGAUUUUUUUUAAUCUUAGAGACCAGAUUAAAAAAAACGUGAAAUCAUAAGUUCAAUCAUCAAAUACAGCACAUGUUGUCAAAAAUUAAAAGUUUAAAUUUGAAUUUAUCCACCAGUCAGUGACAAGCAUCCUGAGAGAACAACAUGCUGUAAGUCUAAUGCUUUGCUUUUCUUGCUUUGUCAUUUGGAUGUGGUGUCAGGGAUGCAUUUUCUAACAUGGUUGUUUUAAAAAUGUUUCAGACUGGCUGAUAAAACCAGAGACUGAAACUCAAAUAUUAAAACUAUUUAAUGACAGA